GACAUGAUCGAUAUCGUCAACAUGAUGUUUCUGGAUUCGCCGGAGAGCGGGGAGGGCUCCUCCACUCGCUUUCUGUCCCAGUCGCACCCGGACGAGGUGCAGCAGAUCAAGCUGGCUGCUGGCACCUUCAUCAUCAUGGCUCUCUUCUUCCACCAGCAGUCCUAUCCGAGUGUUGCCUACCAGGGCGGUUCGAACAAGAGCCAGGAGCUCGCCGCCCCGGAUGUGGUGAAGGCGCGCAAGCGUUCGGCCAUCAUCAGCAUUCUCCUGGUUGAUCUCCCUUUUUUUACAAUCAGGACUUACAUCUAUGUCCUGGCCCUGUCCAUCCCAGACACUCAAGUUGUGUUCUUGGAGGGUCAGGAAGUGCCGAGGCCGCAGCUCGACAAGUGGUGGGUCAAGAACGUCCUUUGCAUGAUGCUUCAGGCCAUGCAGCUUCGAUUCGUACAGCAGGCAGAAUCAGAGAGAUCUCAAAGCCUGCGCUGGUGGGAUCUGCGGAGACAGGGCGAUGCUGGGGCCGGAACUGCCAGUCUGAGGAAGAUCGAGUAUGACGACAACCUCCUCAAGGCCUACAAAGCAGCCUAUGGCCCCACGGGCGACUACCCGAACAAGCUCGAGUACGCCUUCGCCGAGCUGGCGGCCUACAGCGACACUAUGACGCUCUCACCGACUUCUGAGGCGAGACGUGUCAGCGGGCGAAUCAGGCAUUGCCUUGUGGGCUCCUUUCUGAUCUGA